AUGGGGAACAGAAUGGAACGUCCCCGAGGGCAUUCCGCCCGGCUCCCGCGGUCCCGGCGGCGCAGGGGGUCCUUCCGCACCUGCCACGGCCGCGCCCGGGCCAGCGCGUGCGUCCCCGCGAGGAGCGUGGCUCCCUCGGCAGAGGCCGACCCGCCGGCUCGCUCCUUCACUCCGCAAACGCGCCGGGAGCGCACGUGCCGCCACGGCCUCCCGCGCGCGGUGCCCGCAGAACGCGCCGCGAGGUGCCAUUUCUCCCGUUCCUUUACGUGUCUUACGCAGCCGGGAAUUCAGGGGGGAAGACAACCGCGUCCAGUCGGGCAGGGACGACACCACGGAGGCGCCGGGGCCGAGACCGCCGGGGACACUCCGCGCGCCAGCGGGCCACCGGCCGGGGCACCCGCGGCGGCCGCCUCUCGGCGCGGCCGGGCGCAGACGGACCUCGGCCAGCCUCCUUCCCCAGUCCGAUUACGCAACAACUUUGCCUCCGUCAUCUUCGCCCUAAUCGUGCAGGGGGCGGUGUCUGCGCGCUCGCGGUCUCCCGCUCGGGGCCGUCGCGCUCCCCGGGGAGACGCGCGGGGCGUUGUAAUCGCCGCCGACGCAGCGCCGCGGGGCUCCAGCCGGCCGCCGGCCCCUCCGCACGGCCCCCGCCCCGAGCGCCCGCGGCUCGCCAGCGCCCCCUCCCCGGCGCCCACCCGGAGGAGGCGGACGGGUCCUCGGCGAGGUGCGGGGAGGGGCCGGCGGAGGUCCGUGCCACGCCCGGGUCGCCGCCGCCCGCGGCCCUCGGCCGGCGGUGGGUCGGCAACAGGUAGCCCCGCCGCUGCGUGCUCGGGAGACAAAAAGCGCCUGCGAGCGGGCGCGGACCGCGGGGCUCCCGGAGGCUCCGCGGCGCCGGAGGGCGAAGGCGGCGGCGGGAGAGCUGGACGGCGGGGGCCGCGGGGGGGGGGGUCUCGGUCCGUCCGCGGCUCGCCCCGCUGGGGACGCCGGCGCCGGCCGCUGCGCAACCCCAGCGCGGGGCGCGGAUCCUCGCGGCGCUCGGGCGGCGGCGCUGGCCGCGGUCGCGGAGGGACGCGGGCGGCCGGCGGCGCAGCGGGGAGGUGGUGGCGGGGCGGGGGGGGGGGAGCGGGCGGGGGGGACGGGGGGCGGGCCCGGGGGGGCGGGGCCGCGGAGAGCCCGCCCCCGCCGGCCGCGGCCAUUGGCGGCGGGCCGGGGGCGGGUGCGGGCGCGGCGAUUGGGGCCGCGGCCGCCCAUCACCGCGAGGCUGGCGGGCGGCGACGUAGCGCGGCGCUCGGAACUGACCUACUAACACACAUCUCCCGGCGCGGCCACGGCGCCCGCGGACCCGGCGCGCCGCCCGCCUCCCGCGCCGCGCCCUCGCCGCCGCCCGCCGCCGCCCGCCGCCCCGGAGGCCCGGCCCGAACCCCGCGCGCCGCGGCGCCCCGCUCCCGGCCGCCCGCGCGCUCUCCCCGCCGCCCGGGCUCGCCGGCCCGAGAGCAGGAACACGGUAAGCGCUCCGCCCACCGCCGGCCCGGCCCGGCGCCCCGCUCCCCGCCCGCUGCCGGGGCGCGCGGCCGGCGGGCGCGGGGCGCGGGCCGGGCUGCGCGCGGGGCUGGCCGGCGGCGGCGAGAGUGCGCGGGGCGUUCGUUACAUAAACUUUUGCUGCCUUGGCGGGGGGGGGGCACUCGCCACCCGAAGGCGGCCGCUUCGGCUGCAGCGCCCUCGCGCCGGCUCGCGCCCCCCCGCCGCGGUUGCAUAAUGUCUCCCGAUUUCAGGAAAAUUGAUGUUUCGGUGGAGGAGAGCGCCGGGGACGCUGAGCCACCUCGAGCGGGAAGCGCGGCGCUGCCUCCUUCCUCGUCCCUCCUGCGGGGCUGGCGGCGGGGGCGGCGGGGGCGGCGGGGGCGCGGGGCGCCGAGUGCCGGGGCUGGUCCGGGGCGGCCGGCGGGGAAGGCGCGUCGGCAGCGUGAACCGUGA